AUAUGAAUCCCUUGGAACAUUUGAUACAUUUAUUACAGCAAUUGACAGUCAGGUGAAACUAGAACUUGACUAACGAAGGAGGAGUUUCACACAUCUCAGAUGACCAAUCAAACAGUAUGUUUAGUUACCUGACAGGUGCUGUCCAUGACUGUGAAUGCUGCCAAACAUGUAUGUCAAGAGCUUGACCAUGCAGGACCAGUACAAUUUCUGAACAUGGAGGCACCUGGCCAAGUAAAUGAACAAGGGCAACUGCCUGCUCGAGGAAGAGGAGGAGGAGUAAGGGUGCGUGGUGGUGGAAUAGGGGGAAGAGGCCGAGGAGCACGAAGACACCAUGCUGUCCCGGAUGAAAUUCGGGCCACAAUUAUAGACCAUGUCAUCAACCAUGGCCUCACAAUGGCGGAGGCAGGUCGCCGAGUGCAGCCUAAUGUGCCUCGCUCAACAGUCUCCUCCAUCAUCCAAACCUUUCGCAGGGAAAACAGGUAUGUAGUCAGUCAAUGAUGGAAUUAUAUGUUGUAUAGGACAGGACACUGUGCAUAGAGCAAGAAAUAUAUUUAUUUACACAUUUACCUAUUCAUUUAGUGUGUGUGUGUGUGUGUGUGUGUGUGAUAGGCCUACAGUAAUAUCUUACCUCAAUGGGAUGUUAUGAGACUAAAAUGACAAGAAAAACAUUAGAGAAAAUAAACUAUGGAAUAGUUUAUUUUCUACAGUAUUGAUGAUACAGUUUACAGUAGUAUUCCAGUCACUGUGCAGUGAUGCAUUAUAAUUGUGGUAAAGUUACUGUAAGUAAAACAACAAUACAAUUACAUAGGUAACUCAUUCUGUAAGGAAUACAUAUGGUAUACAUUACGAAUGGAGUGUUGUCCUUUGACUUCUAUAUCUAGGAUUGGACGACAACCUUGCACGGGUGGCAGAGGAAAACUUCUCAAUGAACAACAAGAACAAGAGAUCUGUAACAUGGUGAUGGCAAAUAAUGCCAUCAUAUUGAGACAGAUCCGCGCUGCAAUCCUACAAGACAAUGCCAUAUUCCAAAAUAUCAACUCUAUAAGCAACUCCACAAUAGACCAGAUAUUGAAGAAGCAUCAGAUGACAAUGAAGCAAAUUUACAGGGUACCAUUUGAGAGGAACUCUGAUAGAGUGAAAGAGCUGCGGUACCAGUAUGUACAUAGAAUAAUGGCAUUGGAAGGAAACGAGACCCAUCACAUCCUCGUGUUUGUGGAUGAAGCUGGCUUCAACCUGGCCAAGGGCCGAAGACGUGGCUGUAAUAUUAUUGGCCACCGGGCCACGGCGGAUGUCCCAGGCCAGCGAGGGGGCAAUAUAACUAUGUGUGCUGCCAUAUCUGUGAAUGGUGUGGCCACUCACAUCCCCAGUCUUGGCCCAUACAAUACACAGAAGCUCCUCAUCUUCUUGGACCGCCUUCAUUUUGAUAUGAUCCCUGAAAAUGAGAGAGGUCUCGUAGGGCCUCAACUACCACAAUAUGUCAUUGUAUGGGACAAUGUGAAUUUCCACCGUGGCCCGCUCAUCAGGGCCUGGUUCACUACUCAUCCAAGGAUGGUCAUGGUGUUCCUACCACCUUACUCUCCUUUCCUCAAUCCUAUUGAGGAGUAUUUCUCCGCUUGGAGGUGGAGAGUGUAUGAGCAUCGGGCUCAAGAUCAGAGGUCCCUGCUCCAUGCAAUGGACGCUGCGUGUGAGGAUAUUACAGGAGAUCAGUGUAGGGGAUGGUUGCGACAUGCACGCCGUUUCUUCCCUCGUUGCAUCGCAAGGGAGAAUAUACGCUGUGAUGUGGACGAGAAUCUGUGGCCAGACAGACAGCAGUGUGUGAUGGCCAGGAGGGUGAGGAUGGUGGCCAGGAGAGGGAGGGUGAGGACAGCGACCAGUGAAGAACUGUUAGUUGUGAAACUCCAGCUUUAUUUACAGCACUGUAGGCUGCAUAUAAUUUUCAUUGUUUUUUGUUUGUGUUUUUAUAUUACAGUAUAUUAUGCUGUAUACAUUUUCUUUUUACUCUGAUGUAUGGAAGUUACUUUAUGUGUGUGAAUGAUAAUGGUUACAAUUUCCUUGGCAGUAUGAGUGCAAUGUGUGAUGUCAAACCUUGGAGGCUACUCUUACCCUAAAAUCCUAUUUCUUUCUUUCAGUUUUAUACACAAUUGUAUUCUGUUAGCUGGACAAAAAACAGUACAGUAACCAUUGUCAAUGAAGGACUGGGCUAAGACUGAAAGGUGGACAUGAGGGAUAUUUCAAUGGUCCUCUGCCAUAGUGACAAAACAUCUAAACAUUUUGACUUGCAGUGCUUACACAAUGCCAAAGGGACAAAGCAUUUUGGGGGCACUGACUGUUUAAAUGAUAAGGAAAUUUAGUUUUGGUUAAAGCACCAAGAGUGUUGAGAACGUCCGGUCUGUUUCAAGAAAUGAGCCAAAGCAAUUGAGAAGGAUCUUUGCCAUUUUCGUGGCACUGACUCUUUAUAUGGGAAAGGAAUUUAGUUUUGAAGCAUGAGUGAACAGUUUUAGGAGAGAUAUGAGCUUUUGCAAGUGAGCUAUAGUGUUGUGCUGAACUGUAAGACUGUUUUGCCAAAUGAUCUUAGAGUUUUGAGAAUGUAAUUUCUGUUUCAAGAAAUGAGCCAAACCAAUGGAGAAAAACUGUAAUAUAGCCAGGUGAGACAGCAACCUAUCACAAUCGUAAUAAGUAAAUGAAGUUAUGAAGCUCAAAACAAGUCAAGGGUGUAGUUAUUGACAGUGAGAGGAUAUUGGCAUUAACACUGCCAUUACAUGCUACUGUGGGGUGAGAUGUGUGGUAGUGUGCUUGUUCAUUGGUGUGUGUUUUCAGUUGGUGGGUGUUAUUGAAUGGGUUUCCAGAUCCAAGAGGCCAUGUCAGGUAACCAUUCCAUCAAUCACGGCUGUUGUCUAUGUUGUUCCGCCCCUCCCAGUUCCCCUGAAGAGUUAAUGAAAGAAUCAUGCAUCGCGUGUGGGCUGUUCUGUGAAAUGUCUGUUGGCACCGUUAACGGUUGUACAGGCACGCACGUGCACACACACACACACGUGUUUGGUUUUAUUAUCCUUGUGGGGACCAAACA